CUAACCCAAUAUGUGCUUAAAUAAACUAAUAAGGUCUUGCAUUUAUGGGGCGGGUUUGAGUUUUACUAAAACCAAUGGGUCGUUUGGAUGUGGAAAUUGGUUCAAAUUCCCGCAAAAUGCAGUAUUUGGGCCAAAUUGGAAUGUUUGGCGGGCUAAAAUGAGUGUGGUAAUUGGAUCCCAGUAUUUGGGUAAAAAACCCACAGACGCAGGAUUUACAAAUCUGGCAUCCCACCUCUGGUAAUCUCAAUUCCAGCAUCUAACCUUUUUUUCUCCCUACCUUAUCCCUAUCUUGCCCCACCAGCUUUAAACCCUCAUCCCACAUCGUCCUCUUCAUUUAUUCUCUCUGUAUUUCCUUCUUUCCCCGUUCACAAUGCAACUAAAAAAUUCAAGUAGAUCAAGUCACAGAUGAUGCCCGAAGAUAAAGCUGCAUCACGCUUUUUUAUCCUUGAAACUGAAAAGAUCAUCUCUUUGUCACCGAAGACCUCCAGAAAAACAUCCCCAGAACUCCAUCUUUGUCGCCCAAACAAACCUAUAAUCUUCUUUGCCGGUGACAAUGCAAAAACACCAAAAGGAUCUUCGCUUCUAAACCCCAUCGCUCAGAGGAUACAAGGCAAGGUAGCCUUCAUCACCGACGGUUCGAGUGGUAUCGACGCCUCCAAACUGAACUCGGCCGCUUCAUCGCCCAAGAAAUCAGCUAUGAAGUUUCCACUGACGCUGUCGUGCCUGGCGACGAUGAGAGACGCCACCAAUUGAUCCUUUGCCUCUUCUUAAUUCCGACGCCAACAAUUGUUCGUCAGCUCCUGCUUCUUCUUUCUUCUUCUUCUACAGGGAACAAUAAAAAACAAGCACUCGGAUUCAACUCAAUUGAGUAACCUCAAAUCUCUCAAUUUCAAGCAACCCCUUCUGCUGACAAGGUCGCGUUCAGGAAGCCUUGCAUCUACUCAGCUCAUUUGUGUUGCCGCGGAUCUCAAUUUCAAGCAAUCUCUCCUUAAUCCCGUCACCAUCAAUGGAUUCUUCACCUGCUUCUUAUUCCUUACAUGUAAUUGCGAUAACACUGAAAGGUAUCUACGACCUAAUUCGAACAAAGGUUUGUCGGCUGUCGCUGAGAAGGACAAGAGGAAUCCAUUCAAAAUGAAAGGACAUCGUUUAU